GAAUCCUGUUACUGUUGGCAACAAUGAUUGCAACGCCCCAUCAUCCUUCAAGAGGGCAAGUACCUAUGUGGGGAACAGACCCUCGGCUGUGAAUCCUGUUGCUGUUGGCAAUGGUGAAUAUGAGGCCCCAAGAUCCUUCAAGAAGGCAACUACCCAUGUGAAGAACAGGACCUGGGGUGUGAAUUCUGCUAUUUUGGUCAAUGAUGAUGACGAGGCCCCACUACAUUACUACAGGAGGGCAAGUACCUCUGUGAAGUACAUGCCGACCCUCUCGAUGCAGCAAUACCUUGACGAUUUGGAUCUGAAACUGCAACAAUGUCAUGAACGAUGUCCCGUUCAAGACAGUGAAGGAGAUGCAAUGACACAAAAAAGUGAAGAUCAUGCAAAAUCAGGGAGUGUGAAUGGUGGAAGAUCCAAGAAGAAACAUAAGGUUACCACACCCAUACCAGCCACUGAAGACACCAUGUUCAUGGGACAGAAAGCGUCACAGCAAGGACAGCAGUACUCGAUCUCAAGAUGCUUGGAGGUGUUACAUGGCAUGGAUGAUGUGUCUGAUGAGACCAAGGUCCUUGCCUCCGAUGUUCUGAAGGAUGCAGAAAUUCGAGAACUUUUUCUGUGCUAUGAAUCAAGACUCCGUGGUUUGUGGUUGAAGAAGGAAGUGGCUAAGCUUGGAUCUCAGUUGCCUCAAUGUGAGUAA